CCGGCGCUUAGUCGAGAAAAGCCGGCCACACGAGAACGAGCAGACCGCAUCACCCUUCGCUGAGAAAUGCAUCGCAGUACGACAGCCGCGUGCUUGGUCCUGUGCGCCGUCCUCGGCGCUGCAGUUGCCCAGACAGUUGAUGACGUCACAAGGCAGUGCCUCGACUGCAUCUGUCAAGCGAGCACCAAGUGCAACACCAAGCUGGCGUGCACGAACGCGGGCCCUAACUCCUACUACUGCGGACCUUACCAGAUCUCGUACGCUUACUGGGUCGACGCCGGCAAGCCGGGAGAUUACCCACACUUCGAGGGCUGCCUGAAGGACAAGCGCUGCUCGGAGGCCACCGUGGUUAACUACAUGAACAAGUGGGGCACGGACUGCGACGGCGACGGCGUGGUCACGUGCUACGACUACGCGAGGAUGCACAAGGCCGGCCGCACGGGCUGUCCGGCGACCUGGGUGGACAGCACAGAGUACUGGGACCUGUUCGAGCAGUGUAUGGGCGGAAACCAGGCCGGGGGACUAGAUGCCAGACGAGUCAAGCCAAAGACAUAAGACGACGAUUAAAAACGUGCCAGAAAACA